AUGUUUGGCGUAUCAAACUGGCUCGUCGCGGCCACCGUGGUCCUCGCCACAGCCGUCUACGGUAUCUUCAAGGUCGUCUACAUGCGGACCCGGUUUAGAGGCCUGCCCCAACCGCCGAAACACUCCUGGAUCUGGGGCCACACGACCAUCUGGGAGGAGCUCGCCGCCACCCUCCCGCCCUUCACCCACCCGCAGCACGUCUACACCCUCAUGGCCCGCAAGUACGACAUGCCGGGCGUCUUCUACGUCGACAUGUGGCCCUUUGUCGAGUCCCAGGUCGUCAUCACGGACCCGGACGCCGCCCGCCUCGUCCUCGCCACGACCCCCUACUACCCGAAACACCCGACCAUCGAGCGCUUCCUCCGCCCCUUCACGGGGCCCGGCAGCAUCGCCGCCUCCAACGGCGACCGCUGGCGCUACAACCACCGCAUGGUCGGCUCCGGCUUCUCCCCUUCCCACGUGAAGCCCAUGGCCGGCAUGAUCGCCGAGCAGGUCCUCGUCUUCCACGACCGCCUGCGCCGCCUCGCCGCCGCCGCGGAGCCCUUCAGCAUGGAGGAGGAGUCGGCCAAGACCGUCUUCGACGUCAUCGGCAAGAUCGUCUUCGGCGUCUCCCUCGAGGCGCAGAGGUCCGGCUCGCCCCUGCUCGAGGACCUGCGCGCCUCCAUCAACCCGGCCACGACCUUCAUCGGCACGCGGAACCCGUGGAAGCGGCGCGCGGCCGAGAAGAGCCUGCGGGCGCUCAGGGCCCGCGUGCGGGAGACCCUUGCCGGCGAGAUGAGGGAGAGGCUGCGCGUGCUGCAGGACGAGAAGGAGCUGCCGUCCAGGCGGCAGGCCAAGAGCGUCCUCGACCGCAUCGUGCUCGACCGCAUCCAGAGCGGGCAGGGGGCGACGCUCGACGACGAGUUCAUCGACACGGCCGUGACCAAGUGA